UUUAGUAAUUUGGUGUGCACUAUCCCAAUAAAUCAAAACAAACCAACAACGAAAACUAUUGGAUUCAUUGUUGACAUCGGUAUUGAAAGUAUAUUUUCUUAACAAGUUUCUUCAAUCCUGAAAAAUAUGUUUUAAUAAUUAAAAGUGCAUGAGACUAACCACUGAAGUUCUUUAAAAGUUGUGGAGUGAAAGCAUGUUGAAUUACAUCUAUAAGCCCAAUUUUUGCUAAUAAAUGAUGUAUGUAAAUAUUUUGCAUGUAUAACUGACAUGAUGCUUUGAACCUACAGUAGGUAGAAUUGAUGAUUUUAUUGGUGCUCGUUUAUCUGAUGAGAAAUUUGCGUGGCAUUCCAUAAAACUGCAGCGGUAAAGCGUGGAAAAAAUACGCUAGGUAAAUAUCUAACCAAACCAAACCAAACCAAAUGAGAUGAGAAUACAACAAAAGAGAACAGUAUGAACGAAAUAGGUAAUAUUAAUCCAGUUACGGAGCAAGCCACAUCUGCUACGAAUGCAUGUCCAACACAGCCUUUAAACCAUGUAACAUCGAAACUUCAGUGUCUUGAAAUGCGUUCCAUGUAUCCAAAUGUGCCGUAUGUGAACCCUUAUUGUAGUCCUCGAAGUAACCGUCGAAGACCUCCGUUAAGAGAAUCUCGUCGCGUAUCAACGGAGCAAUCUGGUAGUUUUUUACAAUUAAAUCAAUACAAACUUAUGGAUCAAAUUGGCCAAGGCUCAUAUGGACUAGUUAAACUAGCAUACUCUGAAGAGGACUCAACCCAUUAUGCAAUGAAAAUUCUGUCGAAACGUAGAUUAAUACGACAAGCUGGAUUGACUAAACGUGGUUUAAUUAAACCAAUCUCACCACUAGAGAGAGUCUAUCGAGAAAUUGCAGUGCUGAAGAAAUUAGAUCAUCCAAACGUUGUGAAAUUGUUUGAAGUGUUAGAUGAUCCAACGGAAGACUCGUUAUAUAUGGUUUUCGAACUGGUAAAGCAGGGAUGUGUUUUGACCAUCCCAACAGAUUCACCAUUAGCUGAGGAUAAAGCUUGGAGUAUUUUUCGUGAAACACUCCUUGGUUUGGAAUAUUUACAUUAUCAGCAUAUUAUCCAUGGUGAUUUGAAACCUGAAAAUCUUUUACUCACUGAAUGCGGUCACAUUAAAAUUGCCGAUUUAGGGGUUUGUAACGAAUUUUUCGGUGAAGAUGCAAUGAUAAGUGGUGGGAGUACGGCUGGCACUCCAGCCUUUAGAGCACCAGAAUCACUGAGACUUGGUCGGCAUUUUUUUUGCGGAAAAGCGGCUGACAUUUGGUCAUUGGGUAUAACCCUUUACGCUCUUGUUUACGGAAAUGUACCAUUUAUUGCGAAUUCUAUUCCAAUUUUAUAUGAAAAAAUUAAAUUAGACCCGCUAGUACUUUUAGACGAGCCAAUAAUGAGUGGACAACUUCAGGACUGCAUUCGUAGAAUGUUAACGAAAAGUCCGGAUUCCAGAAUUUCUUUGCAGCAACUAAAAGAACAUACUUGGGUAACCAAAAAUGGUUUGCAUCCGUUAGCAAAUGAGAGUGAGAACUGUGACUUGGUCAAGGUUAGUGAAGAAGACAUGAAUACAGUUGUGCAAAGCAUUCCAAAACUAGACACACUGAUUUUAAUAAAAACAAUGCUCAAAAAUCACUCAUUUGGAAACCCAUACGGUAGCGAAAUUUUGCAUCAAUCACAUUCACGUGAUAUUACUCGUUUUGAACAAUUUGUUCGCGCUGGGCGAUCUAAUUCUGCUCCUGGAUCAUACACACAACAUGACGUACAUGAUAAUGGAAAGCUACCAUCACUUACAGAACCAGAAAGUGGAAAUCAUAUACACUAAUUAAUAUAUAUGCACCUAUAAACAUUUAUAUUGAACACAUUUUGAAUAUCUGUAUUGAUCCAAACAUAACCAGAUUAACAAUGUAAAUGCGCAAAGGUAGCUUGUUGUGAUUUUUUUACAAUAAAUUAUUAUUAUACAAUAAUGAUGGCCUCUAAAAAAUAUAUAAAA